AUGACGGGGGCUGCCUGUGGUGCCCCCGCCUGCCCCCAGAGGCUAGUGCUCUGUUUCAGCCACGUGGGCCUUGGCCUCUCCUCGGGGUUGCUGGUUGGCUUCACUGGGGACCCUGACCCCCCGAACAGCACAGAAGUGGAACGGUGCGGCCUGACGGUGUUUAACCUCGUGGGCAACAGGAUUUUUGUCCCAGAGUUUGACCUAGGCUUACGACCCGCCUGGGGGUCUCGGCAGGUGUGCGACGACCCGGAGGAGCUGCGGAGGAAGGUCCGGGAGCUGGCCGGCGCCGUGCGGAACGCCGAGUACCUGGUCGUCUACACAGGCGCGGGGAUCAGCACGGCAGCUUCUAUCCCAGAUUACCGGGGCCCCAAUGGAGUGUGGACGCUACUUCAGAAAGGGAGACGCGUCAGUGCUGCCGACCUGAGUGAGGCCGAGCCGACGCUCACCCACAUGAGCAUCGCCCGCUUACACGAGCAGAAUCUGGUGCAGCACGUGGUGUCUCAGAACUGCGACGGGCUCCACCUGCGGAGCGGGCUGCCCCGCCCGGCCAUCUCAGAGCUCCACGGGAACAUGUACAUUGAAGUCUGCACGGCCUGCACGCCCAACCGCGAGUACGUGCGGGUGUUUGACGUGACGGAGCGCACUGCCCUGCACCGACACCAGACGGGCCGGGCCUGCCACAAGUGCGGGGCCCCGCUCCGGGACACCAUCGUGCACUUCGGGGAGAGGGGCACCCUGGGGCAGCCCCUCAACUGGGAGGCAGCCACCCAGGCUGCCAGCAGAGCUGACACGAUCCUGUGCCUAGGCUCCAGCUUGAAGGUUCUGAAGAAGUACCCUCGUCUCUGGUGCAUGACCAGGCCCCCCAGUCGGCGGCCCAGGCUCUACAUUGUGAACUUGCAGUGGACCCCCAAGGAUGACUGGGCGGCUCUGAAGCUCCACGGGAAGUGUGAUGACGUCAUGCGGCUCCUCAUGGACGAGCUGGGCCUGGAGAUCCCCCCCUACAGCAGGUGGCAGGACCCCAUCUUCUCCCUGGCGACUCCCCUGCGUGCUGGUGAAGAAGGCAGCCACAGUCGGAAGGCGCUGUGCAGGAGCCGAGAGGAGCCCCCGGCCAGCGACCGGGACGCACCCCUUAGCUCAGCCCCCAUCCUCGGUGGCUGGUUCGGCAGGGGCUGCACCAAACGCACGAAAAGGAAGAAAGUGACAUGACCUGGUGCUUGACUGAGAACAGCAAUUGGCACUUUGCAGAUGGCUAAGACUCUUAUUCAGGGGCCGGUGGCACCGUGAAGGCCAGGACUGCCCCACACUAUCUAGUGAGAAGUCUCUGGGGGUGACAUUUUCACCGUGACAUGCUUAGCCAUUUGUCUGUGGGAAGCCCCCUUGCACUGCUGUGGUUGCCCCUGGCAUGGGCCUGAGUGUUGAGGACACCUGGGUCAUCCAGCCUCUUCCUAAAGAGGUGGCAACCACGCUUUCCUGUGAGAACAGAACUGGAUUAUUUCACACCGGCGGCCAAGAGGAAGCACAGGCUGCCUCGCCUCCUCCCCCUCCCCAGGCUGCUCUCAGGGGCCUCAGCCCUAUUUCUACUUCUAAGAAUGUUAACUUUGUAGACACCUUUUUCUGUAUCGGUAUGUGACAAACGGGUAGUUUCGAGCCUUGGCCCUCAGCAGACCUUUUUAUUGUUAUUAAACAUCUUGCACUGUCUUACCCAUGA